AUGGGGAUUGCUCCCAGCCAUGGCAGACUCCUUCACCCUUCCCUCCGCGUGACCGCGGAGAAGAAGGAUCAACCGGACACCUUGCCGGUCGAGAUCGCGCAGAUUAACGAGCAAUGGGGUUCAUUUCGAGAUGUGAACGAGGAUAUCCUUCAGGCAAAAAUCGCCCAAGAGCAGGAGCAGAAUGGCGCACCACCAUCAGAUGAGGAGGCUGAGGAGACGGACCUGGACACAGCCGAGCGCCGCGACCGUUUAUACAAGAAGCGCAAUGAAAUAAUUCAAUUCGCCGCACAAUCCCAUACGGAAGCUAUGUUUGCUCUCGAUUUCGUGUCCCUCCUCUUAUCGAAACACGCGCCGCGACAGGCCGAAACGUCCAUGUCCCCUUUCCUGAAGCAAGUCGCACCCCUGGGCUCUCUCAAUGGCGAGGUUGUCAACCCCCCAGCGAAAUCCGAGGCGGCGCUGAAUGAUAUUGCGACCGUCUCUCGGGGAUGGAGAAUUCAGAACUUCAAUUCGGCCUCUUCAAAGCUAUUAGAUGCCGCGUCCAGGCUCGACUCCGAGGUGACUGCUGAAUCUCGGUACUGGAACGAAGUGCUAGCAGUGAAGGCGAAGGGUUGGAAAAUUGCAGGUUGCCACAAAAUCGUCAAGCACUCGGAGUUCAGUACGGCUUCCCUGGAGGCUACACCUAUCUUCCGAGACCGUGGCCUGGCUUCUUUGCGACGAUCGGCGGACGGGGCUUUGCUCCUAGACAAAGGACUCAUUCCAGCUGGAUCUAGAUUCGUUCGUGUCCGCGUGAAGGAAGGUUCGAAUAUUUCCAGUAGCUCGCGACCUUCUGAACAGAAUUCGAGCAACCCGGAUUCUGUGGAGUAUCAAAUCCUUCAAGCCCGUGACUCUGUGUUUGAGGAGGAAUUAUACCAUGAGCUGGUACGGGAAGCUCGAGCCAUGGCACCAUCCGGUGUUACAGUCCGUCAAGAUCAUAUCCGCGUUCCUGCAUCUGAUGAUCUGGAGAUUUUGCUGGAUCUUGUCGACUCAAAUGAUGAAAGCCUUGGCUGUGGUCGGAACUCAAGCGAUUCAGAGAAUCUUCUCGCGGAUGGCCUUGCUCACUCAAUCCGAAUUCUUCUCGCCUUCGCUCAUCGCCAAAACCUCCACCGCCGUACGCAAAUACCAUCACCAUUAACCGGCAAGAAACGUCCUAAUCCCGAAUAUCCUCUUCUCCGCCCUGCCCUUGCCUACUUCCAACAUCUAUCUUACGUCCGGCGGCUUGAAUCAUUUCUCCGCGAUAUCUAUGGCGUUUUGCAUAAAGCUGGCUUAGAAACACCGGAUUUCACCAUAAGUAGCUUCAUCAACGAGUCCAAGAACCCAGGCCACCCGGCCCCCCCAACCCUGGAGGUUCUCUUACAAAAUUCCUUGUCGCCCGUUAAGUCGGUCUUCCGUGGGGAUCUUCUCAGCUCUGGUAGCAGCUUCGAAAUUACCGUUCGCACCACUUUACUAGCGCCGCCACUCGGAACUGCCUACAAAGUUACCGUCAACUCUCCUGCCCCCGAUUUCAAGUCACCUGGCCCCCUUGGUCUCAGAGAAGAAGUAGAGGCUGCGAUUAUACACAUUUUAUUGCUUGAUGUCCGGCCCGCCGACGAAGACCAGAAAGCGACCCCUGCGGAGGGUCACUUCUGGGAGCCAGUCUACCCUCAUCUGGGCGAGCUCGUGCUAGCCGGCCAGCCACGAAAAUAUAAGAAAAUGAAGGUGUCGUUAUCCCGCCACGAACUGUCGCUCUCAGUCCACAGGGUGCGCAAAUUCGACGCGCUGGGGCAUGGCGGUCAGGAACCAGAAUCACAACCGUCAAGACUGCACGUUUGGAUAUGCAAUCCUUCCGAAGGCACAACCGCCGAAUCUUCUCUCAUAGAUUUUGUGUCGAGUCAGACAUCGUGA